CUUGAUACGUGCGUGUGUUAAAAGUGAUAUAAAAAGCAAUAUUAAUGUAGUGAUCAUGUUUAAAAUUAAAGGAUCCUUGAUUAGGCAAUAUGCCGUUGUUAUAACAGCAAAUCUAUGCGUCCUCUGCACCGGGCUCAGCAUCGCCUGGCCGUCUCCAGUCCUGGUCAAGCUGAGCAGGAACGACACCACCACCCUGCCGGGACCUGUCACCGAAUCUGAAGGUUCUUGGAUCGUCUCUGCAGGCUUCUUGACGGGAGGAUUAGCAAACUUCCUAGCAUGUUACCUCGUGGACCGCAUAGGUCGCAAGUACUGCGUCAUCAUCUGCUACGUGCCUCGCAUCAUCAUGUGUGUUGCCUUGACUUUCGCCUCCAAGCUCUGGAUGGUGUUACUGGGCAGGGCCUUGAGUGGACUGUGCGAUGCUAUCACAUUUACUGUGGUCCCUAUGUACGCUUCUGAAGUCGCUAGUAAAGAAGUGCGAGGUUCCCUAGGAACCUUUCUUCAAAUAUUCUCAUCCCUCGGGAUCUUGAUCAUGCUGUGCACUGGACCAUUCUUAGAGUACUUCACCUUGAACGUCAUGAUGCUGAUCUUUGCUGUCGUCACGUUGGUGCCGAUGUUUUUCUUGCCUGACAGCCCUUACUUCUUGUACUCUAAAGGUCGUACUGACGAAGCAUUAAAAGUCCUCCUUUCCCUUCGCGACACAGAAACUGCAGCCAAAGAGGAAUUGAAAGAGUACUCGCUAUCAGGAAAUGAAGAAAAAAUAACUGCGCGCGAGUUACUAAGGGAUAGGAUAUUUUUUAAAUCAGCCUGCAUUGGUAUUGUCUUCGGAGCUGGUUUACAGUUAGUUGGGUUUAACGCUGUUUCGUUUUAUUUGCAAACUGUAUUGGAAUCUACGCAGACGAGUGUUCGGCCAGAGAUAGCGUCAGGGGUGAUUGGGUCUAUUCAGCUGUUGGCAGCGUUCUCGGCGACGUUGGUGACUGAUCGGUUUGGGAGGAAGCCGAUUUUGGCUUCGACGCUCGUUGGACAAGCUGUGGGGAUGGUCGGACUUGGAGUAUUCUUCAAGCUGAAAGACGACGGUCCUGUCACCGGGUUCCUCAACUACGUGCCUCUAAUAUCAUUAAUCCUGGUGGUCUACUGCUUCAGUGCCGGCCUUGGCUCCCUAUCCUGGGGUCUUCUGGCGGAGCUCUUCGAGGGCCGGACCCGCGCCGUGGGCGUCACCAUCAGCAUGUUAACUUCUUUGGUCUUCAUCUUUUUAACAGUGAAAUACUUCGCUCUCGUGACAACUAUGAUUGGCGCACCAACAACCUACGGCAUCUUCAGCGUUAAUUGUGUGCUCAUGUGUCUGUUUGUGUGCUUCUGUGUGCCGGAGACAAAAGGGAAGACUAUUGCCGAGAUUCAGAUGGCUUUGGGAGCAAAACAGAGGAAUGAUAGUGAGAAGCAGGUAGAAAAGUUUUAGAAAAUUGGAGUCGAAUUUCAACCAUAG